GGGUCUUUUCCAGGGAGUCGCCCGUAGACUUGUUUACUCUGCUUCCAGUGCCCUGGGCCUUUUUGUACUUUAUAAUGACCUGAUCUGGAGCAGGACGAUAGCUGGGCAUGUUCACCUGUUGUGUCUCAGUGACGCCGUAGGGAGUGGGAAGCUCUCACCCGGAUGUGAAGGUGCACUGUGGGGGUCUGCUCACUUGGGGAGUGGUCAUUUAGAAAUUCAUGUCUCUGGCUUCCUUGGUGGCUCAGUGGUAGAGGCUGCCUGCUGACACAGGAGACACAGGCUGGCUGGGAAGCGCUCACGUGUCUGGGGCAAGGAUGCCACAACUGUCGAGCCGGAGCUCUGUAGUCGGGGAGCUGCAGCUACUGAGCCCAUGUGCCGGCCGCUGCAGCUCCACGAAGCCUGCACACAGCAGUGAAGACCGAGCACAGCCAGAAAUGCAUAAAUAAAAUUUUAAAGAAAGAAAAGGCAGCUGAGGCCAGAAGGUAGAAAGCCUCUUGUCUGCCUGAGGAACUUGGGUUUUAUUUGUGGGCUCAGAGGGCCUCAGGUGUUUUGGCUCGGGGAAACAAAGUAAGCAUAGAGUUGCCAUAGAGACAAAGGUCAGGCAGACUUGCAGAGUGGACAGGAGGCAGAGGAACAGGACGCAGCGGUGGCGGGGAGGCGCCCGUUAGAGGCGUGAGGCGAUCGGAGCUUCCCCGACUCCUGGUGGUGGGACUGGAAGCGUGAAGUUUCAGUAGAAUCUCCCUGGAAGUGCUGUUGGAGAGAAGGGAGGCGGAAAUUCAACACAACUGCACUGCUUUUAGCCUUUAGGGAAAGCAUGCCAAGAAAUAGGGAAAGGAGGGGAAGAAAGGUGACUUUAGGAUUGACAAAGGACCAAAUGAUAUUAAUGCAGUAUAUGUGGAAUAUAAUUAUACUGGAGAUCCAGAAUGCGGACACAGAACUAGCUGGAUGCAGACAAAUACGAGAACGAUCCAGAAUUAGAGAAGAUCCGAAAAGAGAGAAACUACUCCUGGAUGGACAUCAUAACCAUAUGCAAAGACAAACUACCGAAUUAUGAGGAAAAGAUCAAGAUGUUCUUUGAGGAGCACUUACACCUGGACGAGGAGAUCCGCUACAUCCUGGACGGCAGUGGGUACUUUGACGUGCGGGACCAGGAGGACCGAUGGAUCCGGAUCUCCAUGGAGAAGGGGGACAUGAUCACCCUGCCCGCCGGCAUCUACCACCGCUUCACGCUGGACGAGAAGGUGGGCUCACGGCUGCUCUGCCGCAGUGUGGUCUGCGCGCCUGUCGGACGCUCAGCCCCGGCAGUGCCAGAACUACGUGAAGGCCAUGCGGCUGUUCGUGGGAUACCCCGUGUGGACGCCAUACAACCGGCCGUCGGACCACCUCGAGGCCCGGUUGCAAUACCUGGAGUUCCUGGCGCAGUCGGCCUAGCGGCCCCUCAUGAGGCAGCACGGAGUCGGUCCCUUUCUCCGGCUUCCAUGCUGCAGGCGCAAGGCUGGGGAGCCUCCUCUGCAAGCUUGUCAGAUCAGAACACUGUAUUUUUUGAUCAGAACACGUUUUAAUGGACGGAGCCAUGGAGCUGGUUGUACGUGCAAUCAGCUGGAAAUUUGGGCAGGUGAUUCACUUCUCUGAUUCGGGGUCAGGGGUCAGUGGCCCCGCACUAGCUCGCGCCUUCAGCUCUGACCAGUGAGUUUCAUCUCCCCAGAUCCAGCCACUUACUGCCUGAUUCUCGGGCUUUAAACAGGCUCCAGGCGAUUCCAUGCCUGCCCUGUGCAGACGUGUGACAGUGGGUGACAGGGCGGUGGAGAGGUCACCCACUUUUCUCCCAAAACACAGGGGUGCUGAGGGGGAAGCUGGCAUGUUGGGGGACACGCACUCGCUUACGCCACUUUCUUGCUCAAAAUAAAAGUAGCUGCCUGGAUGCUCUGCUGGCAGCUUGGAGUUGCCUUA